AUGAGUGAAUAUUAUCACCAUCUUCUCUCGUCCAUGUCAGGUGCUGGACAAAUCAGCAGUCCGCAGGAUGCCCCACAGCAAGCAACAUCGGCGACCAGUGUAGGAGGCGGAACUAGCAUCGCCGGCUCAUACCAAAACCUGGGAUAUUUCACGGGGUUCCCGGAGCCUAUAAUGUUCAACAGUGUCCCCAAGGCUUCAAGAAGUCGUCGAAAAUCAGCACAAGGUGUAGACCACGUCAAACAUCGUCGCACUAGAUCUGGAUGCUAUACUUGCAGGAAUAGGCGAGUAAAGUGCGACGAGACACAUCCAAUCUGUGAUAGAUGCCGCAAAGGAAAACGUGAAUGCGUCUACCCAACCGAUUCGACAACGACUCAGUCAUCCACAUCGUCGACCAAGGAUGCAUCAGGUACUAGCCAGCUUAAUAGUCCUGCCUCGUCCCACGACGAUCGCGAAGACCAUGAAGACGACAAUGACCAUGAGUUCAAACUGGAUACGAUAAUAGACGAGGAGGAACCGGGUGAAUCAACUCCUUCAGCACAGUCCAAGCCAAGAUCUUCAGCUCGCCGAGCGAGCGCCGCCUCGAAAUUACACAAGAUAAUAACAUCAGGUGGUCGGCAAGGGUCAGAAACACCAUCCCUCGAAGGCACUAAAGUCUCUUCGCCAGCCACGUCCACAGGCACAGCCAGCGUGACUCCGGCAGCAUAUAAUUUUCCUGAGCUGACCGGCCUUGGGAGCAGUGAGCGGCCGGAAUGGGCACAUCUGUCCCAAGAUGUGCGCUUUUACCUGGGCUACUUUUGUGAGCAUCUAACCAAUUACCACUACGGCAUUCUCACGGACGCGCAUGACUUUUUCCGGAGCAUACUUCCAGCUCUUGCGCUCGAGAACGAAGCCCUUCUGUACGCCGUCGUGGGGUUUGCCGCCUAUCACUGUACUCUUCGAAACCCUCGCGGAAAGGUGCACCAGUUCCUCCAAUACUACAACAAGAGUGUUACAAUUCUACUCGGCUUUCUCAAGCGCAAAGAGGAACACAGCCCCGCAACCCUACUGACGAUUCUGCAACUGGCAACAAUAGAGGAAUAUCUUGGUGAUUGGAUCAACCUAAUGGGACACCAGCGAGCAGCAUACGAGAUUCUCACCAAGCUGUACACUCCGCAGUCGAUAAUCGAAACCCCAACUGGUCGGACCAUCUUGUCAUGGUAUAACAGAUACGACGUCUUUGUCGGCUUGAUGGGUGGCUUUGCAGCGGCUCUACCAGAAGAUUGGUUCGCAUCCCUGGUAUCCUAUUAUCAGUCCAUGUCACUACAGGAUCCCGCGAACCCGGUUUGGAAAAUCGAGGAGUGCUCAGCACGUCUACGUCUUCUUUCGAGAGAAGUGUCUCUGUUGGUGGGAAAGCAAUCUUCGACCCCUGAUCAAAGCUACUUGGACCAACAUGCCAGUAUAUCUCAGCGGCUUGGAGCAUGGAGGGACGGGUGGGACCCUGCGCUCUCUGACCCAGCUUAUUUGGUUCAAGACCUCGGCGAACGGGCGGCCGAGAGACCUGACAGCAUCUUUGAUGCUUCGGCACCCGGGAGUUUAUACCAGGGUCCAUUAUUCCCUGUGACACUACUCUCAUGCGAGUGGCAUACUGUGGUCAUUCUUCACGAAUGCCAAAGGGCUGACAUACCGACGCAAGACGACGGAACUGAAGAACUUCAAGCUCGGCUUUCAGAGCAAGCCUUUGCCAUCUGCCGCAUCGUCGAGUCGAUCGAGCUGUGGCCUUCCAGUCCUCGAGGCAGCCUGAUACUAACACAAGCCUGCUUGGCCCUUGCGGCGUUAUUCUUGCCACACGAUGCGAAGCACCAAAUAUGGAUUCGCCGCAAGUUUGCCUUGCUGGAAGCAUUAGGAUGCAUAUUUCCCCUGGGCAUGCGGAACAUGAUGGCCGAGCUUUUUGAAGAUGCCACCUGCGUCAGGUGGUGGCUUCCCAACAACGAAGGAUUCAGCCCCGUGCUGCAGGCCGUUCGCGCCUUUGCCGACGAACGAAACGCGACAGCGGUCUCGGCGCAAUCCGAGAACGCGCCUGAUGUCAGGCACAUAUUCUCAAAGCUCCACCUAAGCGGGCUGGUCAGGAGAGGCUCUUCCACGACCCUUGCCGAGACCCAUUCCCCAACAUCGACCGGCGAAGGGAGGAGCAAGGGCAAAGGAAAGGCUUGA